GUGUUCUACUCUAUAUGAAACCACCUUUUUUUUUAAUGGAUUUGUUUGAAGGUUACUUUUACGUACAUGUUUAUCACAUAAAUCUGAUUUCAGCCUUUUUCCCUCCCUCUUUUGGUAAUAUUUGCGCAAUUUCCUUUUUAAAAUGUGGGGGUUUUCAUUUACAUUCAUAUACGUUUUUGAUUUUGAUACUUUUUUUGGUUGGUGCUUAAAAUUGGGGUUAUGUAUCUGACUUAGUAUUACUUCUAAGCUUUGGAUUAUGCUGGAGGAUAUUAUUUUUAUUCGUUUGUAUUUAUUUUUGCUAAGAUUACAGGGAUGAUCAUUCAAACUGGGUUUAGAUGUUCAUGUUUUCGAUAGGGUUGACUUAAUAACUUAUGUUUGAUGGCUGAGUCGUUAUGUUGUUUUAACUAAUGAGAUUAUUGCGUCUUAAUGGAUUUAUGUUCUGCAACUUGCAACAUGUGAUGUGGAAAUUUGUUUUUGUGAGCACGAUAUUACUGUGACUAUAUUCAUUUAUUGUCCGUGUUGGCUUCAGAUAUUUGAUUGAAAGUUAAAGUGAAUUGUCUUGGAGGAGGGAAAGCAGAAGAUUUUAUUUUCUUUGUUAAACUUGUAAUGAGCAGUUGCAGAUGAAAACCAUAGGGUUUUCCCUUUCAGACAUUCUUAUAAAUGGAGGUUUCUGAGUAGUUUAUAUUUUGAAUCAUUGUGGUAAUGGAGUGUAACAAAGAUGAAGCCAUCAGGGCCAAGGAAAUUGCAGAGAGUAAGAUGAUGAACAAUGAUUUUGAAGGGGCUCGGAAAAUUGCUCUCAAGGCCAGAAGGCUCUUUCCAGAACUAGAAAACAUUUCCCAGCUGCUAACAGUUUGUGAUGUUCAUUGUUCAGCUCAAAAAAAGAUGUAUGAUGCUGAAAUGGACCUUUAUGGAAUUCUUCAAGUCGAAAGCUUAGCUGAUGAGGUUACCAUCAGGAAGCAAUACCGAAAACUUGCGCUUGUACUUCAUCCUGACAAGAACAAAUUUCCUGGUGCUGAAGCUGCUUUUAAACUCGUUGGUCAAGCAAAUAUGGUACUCUCUGAUAAAGGGAAAAGGUAUUUACAUGACGUUAAAUGUAGACAGCCUGCAAUACCUUCUAUAUCCAAGCAACAAACUUAUCAAAAUUCUCAUAUUGGGGCUCAGAGGAAGUACCAUAAUGUUUCUAGUUCUCAGUUCGCUGGUGUAAACCAUCACCAACAGUCACACUCGGAUUCAAAUGGCCGACCAUCAUUCUGCACGUAUUGUUCUUCGUGUAAGAAUAAGUAUGAGUAUUAUAGAGAUAUGGUAAACAAACGUCUGCGGUGUCCACAAUGCUCAAAGUUAUUUACUGCUUAUGAUAUGAGUGCCCAUUGGUCAGCCACAAAGCCCGGCUCUGGUAACGCUGGUACGCAAAAUGUGAACCCAGAUGGUCGACCUGCCUCUUUUCAACAGGAAAAUCCCAAGUUUGAUGCACAAAAGCCUGGACAGACCUUUUCUAAUUUUGCAUAUCAACCUUGCUCAAGUACAGGAGUCCAGUUCACUCGAUCUACAACUACCAAAGAUGCCAAAAAUGACAGUGGUUUGAGGACUAAAAUGGAAGGAAAUGAUAAUAUAAACACAGAAUCGGUUGCAAAUGCUAAAAAGAAGCCGAGGGAAGCAAGAAUCUCUAAAGACACAAACAGGAACAAAAAUGGUUCUGAUGUAGAAAAUGCAUCUAAAGGAACUGGUGGCAAUCCUAGUGCUGUACCUGAUUCAAAUGGCAGAAGAUCUCGCAAAAGGGUGCAGGUUUCUGAUAGUGAAAAGGCAGGUGAUGAUUUCAGUCCCCGAAAAAGAUCUAGGCUGAGGAAGUUAUCUAGUGAUGUUGAAGAUAAACAAAAGGAACAAGUCCCGAAGGAUAUAAAUGUACCAAAACCAAGUGCUGAUGCUGAAGGAAGCAUGCCAAAAGAUAAGACGGAAGAUGUUAUGCCGAAUGGUGAUUCUAAAUCUAAUUUGGACUCCGAAGGAAUCUCGGAACCAAUUGUCAUUCACUGUCGGGAUCUAGAGUUUGGCAAUUUUGACAAGGAUAAAGAGAGCUUUGCAGUUGAUCAAAUCUGGGCUUGUUAUGAUUCAGUUGAUGGCAUGCCAAGAUUCUAUGCCCAGAUCAGGAAAGUUUAUUCAGCUGGGGGGUUCAGGCUACGGAUUACUUGGUUGGAAGCUGAUCCUGAGAACCAUCUAGAAGUGAUUUGGGCAAAUGAAGGCUUACCUGUUGCUUGCGGUAAAUUUGUGCGUGGGGAUACGGAGGAAACACGAGACCAUCUCAUGUUUUCUCAUCAGAUAGCAUAUGAGAAAGGCGAUGGAAGGUAUACUUAUGUCAUUUAUCCUAAAAAGGGUGAAGUUUGGGCUCUUUUCAGGGACUGGGAUAUUAACUGGAGCUCUGACCCCAAAAAGCAUAUGAAAUAUCAAUUCGAGAUUGUUGAGGUUCUUUCUGAGUUCGACAACGAUAAUGGUGUUCUCGUUGCUUACAUGGUAAAAGUGGAAGGUUUUGUGAGUUUGUUUCAGAAAACAAGCCGGGCACGGCUUGCUGAACAUCGGAUUCCUUCCAGUGAACUCUUUAGAUUUUCUCACUGUAUACCGUCAGUAAAAUUGACUGGCACAGAAAGAGAAGAUGUCCCCGUUGGAUCUUGUGAGCUUGAUACUGCUUCUCUACCAGAUGAUCUUGACAACUAUUAUAUUUCUAACAAGACCAAGGUGAAUUCUGAAACUAAAGCUUCUUGCCCUCAAUCACCUGAAGCAAAAGUGAAACCUACAUCUGCUGGCACUCCAAAGAAGUCUGUAAAUCCUCGAGAAUGUAGUGAGUUGGAUAGAGAGAUGCUUAAUCCUCGUAGAUCGCCUAGAGGGGUAAAGGGAGGAGAUAAGAACCAUGAUCAAGUGAUCAUUCACGAACGUAAUGUGGAUCAGUCGAAUAAAAUCCCAAUCCCUCAACUUUCUUCAGAUUCACUUGGAAAAGAACCAAAGUUAGUUAUUCAUGAUUUCAAUGUGGAAAAGCAGGAUUGGAAGUUUCAGGAGGGUCAGAUAUGGGCUCUUUGCAGAAGCAACGAUAGACAUCCUGGACGCUAUGCACAAAUUAAAAAGAUCGAGUCCUCCCCCCUUAGGUUGCAUGUUGACCUACUUGAAUCAUGCACCCAAUUUAACGCCAAUGGGCCAGAUGCCUGUGGCUUAUUUAAAGCUUCUAUUGGUAGAAGAGAAGUAUUUUCGCAGGAUGCGUUUUUGUAUCUUGUUAAAGCCGAAUUAAAUGGUAAGAACAGAUUUAACAUAUAUCCGAAGGAAAAAGAGAUCUGGGUUUUAUACGAUAAGCCGGAUUUCAAGUGCACCUCUGAUUUUGAUGCUGGUGAAUGCAACAUUGUGGAAGUUGUUGAGAAUAAUGGACAUAUCAUAAAAGUUUUGCCUCUCUCACGUGUGCCUGGUUACAAGUCGGUUUUUAGGGGUCUUGAGAUGCAAAACUCCAAGGCCACGGUUCUGGAGAUACAACAAGACGAGUUUAGCAGAUUCUCUUCUCGGGUUCCAGCUUUUCUUUUAACGGAGGAGCAAGAUGGUCGCUUGAAAGGCUCUUGGGAGCUUGAUCUUGCACAAGUUCCAGGUCUGUUCCCAAGCUAAGCAAAACAUGUUGCUUUUGAAGAGAUGAAAAAAGAAGUGAAGAUGUGCAAAAGUUUUGGUUCUAGAUAUAAAUUUCUGUCUUGUAUCUUUAAAUGCUCAUUGGCAGAUAAUGUGAAUGUGAGUAUGUACUUGCAACCUUGGUAAAUUGGAACAUCUCUUGGAUCAAACUUAAUACUUGGCUUUGCUGAUUAGAAAGGGAUGAAACGAGAGGUCGAUAAGCUUACGAGUAAUGUGAACUCGGCCAAUGUGGUUUACAACACGUCCUAGGUCGUGGGACAAAAAGUUGUCUUGUUCUGUACUGAUUGAUGCUACAAAAUGCUGCUUUACCUUAAAUGGGUUUUUAAUUAAAUUCAUGACUUUCUGUUCUA